AUGGUGGUGAAGGUCCUCCGCUCCGUUGCGCAUCGUCUCGUGCUCACACCAGAGCAGUGUGGCUGGCUUCUUGAAGCACUUCCAGCCACAGCUUUGGAGCUGGAUACGGAGAUCCGGGAUUCGCCACGGGUGGAGGCUUUCGUCGUGCUUUAUGCUCGGUGCAACGACAUCGCCGAGCUUUUAUCCGAUGAGGAGUGCGGACUCUAUUCCCUGGUCCACCUCACAAGAGAAGAGGUCCUGACAGUUCGAAAGCGGCUGGGCCGCACGCGGACCUGGGACAUCACCCGUGCCGGCCAGGAGUUCAUCAUCCCGCCGCCAGAGGAUCCUGCGGACAUGAAUCCGGCGGGGAG